AUCCAAAUUAAUAAUUUUCUUUUUUUAACAGGAAAGUUUCUGGUGUUUAAAACACCAUUAGGCAGUCGAUAUGACAGUCAAGUGCCUGAAGAGAAUCGGUUUCAUCCAUCAAUGCUUUUUACAUACUUAGAUAGCUUGAAAAUGAAAAUGGGUCUUGUCAUAGAUUUGACAAAUACGAAAAGAUUCUAUGAUAAAGAAGAAUUUGAAAAUAAAGAUGUCAAACAUGUUAAGCUUCAGUGUAGAGGGCAUGGAGAAGCACCAAAUAUAGACCAGACGAAUGCAUUUAUUCAGGUUUGUUCAAGUUUUGUGAAUAAACACCCAACAGAUCUGAUAGGUGUACACUGCACCCAUGGCUUUAACAGGAGUGGAUUCCUCAUUUCUGCAUACUUGGUAGAGAAAAUGGAUUGGAGUGUUGAUGCAGCUGUUGGGAUCUUUGCAAAUGUAAGGCCACCAGGAAUAUACAAAGGCCAUUAUAUUGAAGAGUUAUUUGAGCGCUAUGACGAAAAAGAAAGUGCACCUCCUGCUCCUACACUACCUGAUUGGUGUUUAGGUAUGUUGAAUCUAAUUGUUAUUUUGUUCAUGGAUGGUGUUGUUGGUGUCGGCAUUGUAAUCGACUCAGUGGUAGUCAAUAGACUAAGAACAAAGAUCAAUCACAUGUGUGGUUGGCAUCGACAAGAGUUCCCAGGGAGCCAACCAGUGUCAAUGGACAGAAAAAAUCUUCAUUUCUUUCUGGAACAUUUGUAUAAAGUUAGCUGGAAGGCUGAUGGAGUCAGAUAUAUGAUGUUAAUUGAUGGUAAAGAACAUGUGUAUAUGUUUGAUCGUGACAACACUGUUUUUGCUGUUCCUCAACUGACCUUCCCAAAGAGAAAAGAGGUUGGACAUAUCAGUGACACAUUGCUAGAUGGGGAGAUGAUCAUAGACACUGUAGCAGGCGUAUCUACCCCUAGGUAUUUAAUUUACGAUGUCAUCAAAUUUGAGGGCCAGCCAGUUGGAGAUUGUGAUUUUGGUCGAAGGCUGUUAUGCAUUGAUAAGGAAAUCAUCCAAGUUCGAAAGCAGCACAUUGAAAGUGGACAGCUUGAUCGCACAAAUGAACCAUUUAGUAUACGGGCGAAACCUUUUUGGGAUCUAGCAGCUGCCAGAAAGAUAUUGGAAGGUGAUAAUUUUUCACAUGCAAGUACUCUAGGGCAUGAAACUGAUGGACUCAUUUUCCAGCCUUUCACAGAUAAAAUCUGCAAAAUGCUUCCAGAAACUAAAGGGUUUCUCCAUGUUGGUCAUUUUCAACAUCCAUUUGCUGAGAUCAAGGUAACUAAAGAUCUCAAAAAAUUUGAUAACAAAAUAAUCGAAUGCACAUUUGAAAAUAACCAAUGGGUAUUCAUGAGAGAACGGACAGACAAAAGCUUUCCAAACGCAUACAAGACGGCAAUGAAUGUGUGCCAAAGUAUAUGUGAACCAGUUACCCAGGAAUUCUUGUUGAAUUUCCUUGAAAAUGAAGCUAUAAAACCACACUUUAAGCAAACAAGCCAUCUAUCAACAAGACCUGGAACAAGUAGCAGUUCUUCUGAUCAGGGUCUCAUGCCUCCACCACCAGCUCCAAAAAAACAAUGAAUAGACCAACUCCAAAAAUACGAUGAAUAUGGUCUCAUACCUCCGCCACCAUCUCCAAAAAGACGAUGAAUAGACCAACUCCAAAAAGAUGAUGAAUAUGGUUUCAUGCCUCCACCACCAGCUCCAAAAAGACGAUGAAUAGGGUCUUAUGUCUGUACGACCAACUCCAAAAAGACGAUGAAUAGGGUCUUUGCCUGUACGAACAGCUUCCUAUUAGCAAUUACUAGGUUUGUAUGCCUCCUCCACACUAAGAGGCGUAACCACAGAAAGAAUAUCAUUUUCUUUAUUAUGUAGGCCUAGGCCAUAUUGGUGUAUUGCUUCAAAUUUUCAAUCAGUUAUGAACUUCCAAUCAAAUUUAUAUUUAAAAAUCCAUACCAAAAAUACACAACACAGGCAUAAUAUAGUACUAAUGUUUAAAAUAUAUUGGUAUCUUUAUUAAUAAAUUCUCAAAAAAUACAUGUGCAAAUUACAAAAAGACAUAAAAGACAUAAACAAUUUAAUGCAAAAGUGUAAUGUAAUGUAUAUAAAUUUGCAUUAAAUUUUAUUACAAAAUAGUAGUUGCAAAUUCAUUACAAAAAUAAAUUAAAAUUCUUUACAAAAUUACAUUAAAAUUCAAUACAAAAAACCCCAAAAGACUGCAUAAUUAGGGCAACUAUUUUUGUUUUUGUUUUGUUUUAUUUAGCAUUUUGCAUAAAAAAUUCAAUUUACAUCAUCAUAAUACAAUAAAAUUUCAUCAAAAAGACACGGUUACAUGAUACAUUUGAUUUUGAUAGUUUUGGGAAUAUAUUGACAUUGUUUAAAUAUGGUAAGCAUACUGUACAUUCUUUAUUCUUUAUAGUUGCAAAUACAAUUUUUAAAAAAGUGGAAAUGCUUAAUGUACACUGGGCCUAUGGUUUAUAGUCCUUAUUGACUUGUUGCACAUAACAGCAUACAGUGACGUACAUAACAGCACACUGAGAUGUCCAUAACGGCACAAAGUAACAUUUUAUGCAUGAUGUAUAGUGAAUAAACCAUUGCAUUGUAAUGCACACUAUAAAACUCCAUUAUCAUUCAGGUGGUCAAACAAAUCAAACCUAAUUUGACUCGUGCUGAAUUGAGUUGAUAUUUACAUGCCAUAGUCCUUAUAGACUUGUUGCACAUAAUGGCAUACAGUGACGUACAUAACAGCACACUGAGAUGUUGUCCAUAACGGCACAAAGUGACAUUUUAUACAUGAUGUAUAGUGAAUAAACCAUUGCAUUGUAAUGCACACUAUAAAACUCCAUUAUCAUUCAGGUGGUCAAACAAAUCAAAUCUAAUUUGACUCGUGCUGAAUUGAGUUGGUAUUUACUUGCCAUCAUAAUUAAGCCUACUGUAUGUACUUACCUCUGUAUAAUAAAAGGCAUAUUUAAAGUAAUCAUCAUAGCUGGACUAUACUCUACUGUGUAAACUGUGUUGGUAUCUAAAUGAAUUGUCAUACAUACUGUAGUAGGCUAUACCCUACUCUAUAUUAUUGAGUUAUGUUUAACUAAUAGCAGCAUGUGAAGCUCUAAAACUACAGACAUACAUUGUUUAUUUAAUGAGUGUUCUUUGCAAAGAUACACCUGUAAAUAAAUUUGAGUAUGAUUG